CAUAUGGCUCACAGAAGGUACUCAAAAUGCCUGCUGAAUGAAUAAACGAAUGUCUUCCUACUAAACUGCAGGUCUUUGAAAGCAGGGGCCAUACUUCCUAGCGGUCAUAUCCCUAGAACCCAGCACCGGGUGUGGCACACAGUAGGCGCUUAGGGGAUUAUGAAUGGAUAAAUGACUGCAGGCAGAAAAUCAUUAAGGCUACAAAGCACACAGAGGUAAGAUACUACAGAAAGACCGCUACCAGUUGUAGGAAUGCGGUGAACAGAGGAAGCUUGGCUUGCCAAAGCCUUCAAUAGCGCAAGGACUGCUGGGAAGGCCUGGCUCGAGGCGCUCCACCUUCUGGAAUCCCGGGAAGAACGCGGACGGCCGUGUCCCGCCUCUCCGCGCCACGCCCCCGCCACGCCCUCGAUGCUCACGUGACCGCGGGGGCGGAGCGCUGGGGUAGCCCCUGCGAGCCAGAGCCAUGGCCGGCUUGGUGGAUUUCCAGGAUGAGGAGCAGGUGAAGUCUUUUCUGGAGAACUUGGAGGUGGAGUGCAACUACCAGUGCUACCGCGAGAAGGACCCGGAUGGUGAGCGCCGCCAGUGCAGCCUGGGCACACGUGGGAACUCGAGGGGGAUGGGCAGAGGCCGGAGAGGUUGCUAUCGGCUAGUGGACUAUUUGGAAGGGAUCCAGAAGAAUUUUGAUGAGGCCGCCAAGGUGUUGAAGUUCAACUGUGAAGAGCACAAGCACAGUGAUAGCUGCUACAAACUAGGGGCCUAUUAUGUGACUGGAAAAGGAGGACUGACCCAGGACCUGAAAGCUGCCUACAACUGCUUUUUGAUGGCAUGCGAAAAGCCUGGAAAGAAGUCUCUAGAAUCAUGUCAUAAUGUUGGUCUUCUGGCACAUGAUGGACGGGUCAAUGAAGAUGGCACACCCGACGUGGGGAAGGCCAGGGACUACUAUACAAAGGCCUGUGAUGGUGGCUAUGCCUCCAGCUGCUUCAAUCUCAGUGCCAUAUUCCUGCAGGGUGCCCCUGGCUUUCCCAAAGACAUGGGCCUGGCAUGUAAAUACUCAUUGAAAGCCUGUGACCUGGGCCAUGUCUGGGCCUGCGCCAAUGCCAGCCGUAUGUACAAGCUGGGGGAUGGUGUCAACAAGGACGAGGCCAAAGCUGAGCUGCUAAAAAAUAGGGCUCAGCAGCUACAUAAAGAACAGCAAAAGAGUGUCCAGCCCUUAACAUUUGGGUAAUAUGGCACAACUUCCCUCCCAGGCAACAAACAACCUGAGACUCAUCCUGCCUGCUUAUUUUUGAGCCCUGAUGCAAUCCUUGAAGGUCAGCCUGCUGGAGCAGGAAAACUUGGGACUUGAAUUAGUAGCACUGGUUGCAGAGAUCCAUUGCCCUAGAGUUCCCCACUGGGGUGUAGCCUGUGAUGUUUAUUUCGAGUCAGUAGUCAUGACUGCCACCCUCUGACUUACAUAAUUACUGAUGUAGGCUUGCUUUUUGCCUUUAGAGUCAGGUCUUUCCAUAAAUUCGUAGAAAUCAGGAGGGAUAUGCAACAUACAGGUUAAACGUCAUUAUGCUUCAAGGUUGUUAAAGAGGAAGCAUAAGCCUGCCUUUCUCUAGCAGAGACAUUCACAGUUGAAAAUUAGCAUCCCCAGUGUAGUCACCUGGCACUGAGGGAGCCAGAUUAUUCCCAAGGAGCAGAAUAUUCCCAAGGCAACUUCAGCUAGGAAUUUGUAAGCAAGGACUUUGUGGCAUUUUGUACCCUGGAACUGAACCUUUUUAACUGUCUCUGUGAAUAAACUGGUUUGAUUAAUUUAUAA